ACCUAACAUGUGAAAAUAGUGAAGUUAUUCCUUAGCCAAUGUGCGGUUGUAUGUGUACGUUUCCGUGUAACCGCGAGAAUUAAGUAAAUAAGCAUUUAGUGUGUUUUUUUUUGUUUUGUGUGCUUCACCUAAAGCGAGUAUGGAUGAGCUGAAAAACCUGCGUCGACGAAAGUUUCGGCAAAAAAUCAAAUUUAGUGGACUUUCGUAUGUUAUGUACCAAAAGACCCAUGGAAUCCAGUUAGGUAAAAUCUGCAAUCCACUAGACCGGCUAAAAGGUACUGACCGAAUUCGAAUACCUUCUGACGUUCACCAGGACAGCGAUGCUCAUCCGAUUGUGUGCCGCUUUCGUGCCCCAUAUGAUCCAGUUCUGGCCAUUGCCAAUGAAGACGGGCUAAUCGAAAUUAUCGAUACAACCCGAAGUACGUUCAAAUCGAAAAAAGCCUUUACUCCGCAUAAGUCAAUGAUCUCCGACAUCGCUUGGUUGUCUACAUAUCAUUUGCUCAGUGCGACAUGUCCUCCCCACAACCAGUUGGGUGUACUGGAUAUUGAGCGUGGCGAAGAGUUGUGGGCGAAGGGGCGGUUGCAUAAAGGCAGCGUAAAGGUCGUUGCACAAAAGCCCCAGGAUUCAGACGUAUUUGCUUCUGGAGGCCGAGACGGCGACAUCAUCGUCUACGAUCGGCGAACAGAUGAUCCUGUACUACGCGUUGAGGGGGCCCACCCAAAGAAGAACGCCGGAUCUCGAAAAAGUGGCUUAUCUAAAUCAAGUCAACACUCAUACGGGAUCACUAGCCUUAACUUUCGCGAUGCCAAUCAUCUAAUAUCCACAGCGAGUGGUGGGGGCCAUCUUCUCGUAUGGGAUCUCCGCCGAAGCUACAGUUUGCUCCGAGAGCCACGACCCUUUCUACGUCUUGCACCCGACGGUAGAGGGGUUAGUUAUCAACUUUCGACAUCUGGUUCAAAUGCCGCUAGUGCCAGUGGGCUAACCGCGUCAAAUGAAAAUACCGCUUUCACGUACGCUAUUGUCUGCCCUUACAGAAAGACACUGUACGCUCAGUGUAGUGAUAAUGUUAUCUACGCAUUCGAUAUCAACGUGUAUGCUGACAAACCAGUGAGUAUAUUUUAUGGACACAACGCUGGACGUGGCGAAGGCGCCUAUUUCAUUAAAAUGGACGUGAGCCCAAGCGGCAAGUUCCUAGCAAUCGGGUCACCAAGAAUGGACGAGUUCUGCGAAGAGCAGCCGAUUCCAAUUUUUGAUACGUCCAGACCCGGCCUGCCAUUAUGCGUCCUCAAAGGCCACUACGCUGAACCAACGUGUCCAGCGUGGUGUUCAGAUCUUAAGUUGGCUUCAUGUGGAGAUGAUCAACAAUUAAUCUUGUGGGAGCCUGUUGGGGUGAAUGAAGAUAUGCAGACAUGGGGGUAUUGCGAAAUAUCGCAGCCGGACAACAAUAAGAAUAUUAGCGAGAAAUAUGCGCGGCUACAUGAGGUGUAUAAUAUGCCUGCCAAAGGAGACUCAACACCGCGCGUUAAUCGGACCGCACGCUGCAGCACCAGAUCAUUGUCCGAUUGGCUUAAGUGCUCACCUGCGUCUCCAAAAGCUUCACCUGUUCUUGGAGCUCGUUCACCCUUAACCCCGUUGCAAUCUCUGACAGCACAGGUCGUUUCUCCAUUGCCUUUAAAAAGACAAACUCCGCAGGAGGGUUAUAUGACCGAAGGUAUGGGAGGUCCUACAACGCCAGGAAGCCGAUCAGCACCUUGUAGUCCUGGAUCAAAUCAUGUACCGCACACUCCUAAAAGACGAAAGCUGAAUACCCCAAGAAGUAAACCUAUUACUGGAUUUUUUGCUAGGCAAAAAGCCGCUGAGUCGUCACAGCCGAAACCGAAAGAGCCUAAUAGUGCACUAAACACGUAGGCCGAUGCAGCUUUCAGUCAGUAAAGCGGAGAGCCAAACGCAAUAGUCUUUAGCCGUGAUAUAGUAUCAAUAUAACUAAAACUCUCCUUAGUUGCGUGCAUCGACAAUUCGAACUUUCUAAAUCUGAUAUCAGCAGAGAACGCCGCAGACGGAACUGUAAAACAAACAUUAUCUUUUCCAGUUUCUUGUUGUUAAUGACUGGGCAUAUAGGUGGGAUAUCUCUAUGAUUCUAACGUGUCAUGUCUUACCGUAUAGAGUGCGUAACUAUGUGUGAAUAAUAUUAUAGAAACGCGGGUUCACAUAUUUGGAUAGAAGCGAAAUUUCGCAAAGAGGUGAUAAGUGACAUCUCUUUAAUUAAUUUGGUGAUGAUUGCGCUGGAUUUUUGUGACCCAUAAUAGCAGCAGAGCAACACUGUAGUUUUGUCGUUACGUACACCUUAACGAUAUGGUUCUCCGCAGGAAUAGACUUCUUAAAAUCGGCAUCUGUUUGUUUUCAUAAUCUAAAGAACAUUAUGAAACUGACCGGAACUAACUCGUUGACUAAUAAGAAGUGUUGUUGUUUAAAAAUUACAAAGAUAUUCAGUGGUCUUGCGUGGUGGGGAUGGAUUGAAUUACCAGCUUUGUUAACUAAGUCCCUAACAGAGGCAAAAAACGAGCUGCAAACCUGGUGUAUCGUGUCAAGUAGAUGUCACAGUGUUGACAAUUUUUUAGCUGUUGUAACGCUACGCGAUAUGCCUAAAGUUACACGGAUUAAGAUAUAUUUAACAAAGACGCUUAUUGAUAAAUAGUACUUAACCGAUACAGUGUACGUAUUUCAAAUCGUCUUCGAAUAAAUACUUGUGCCAUUCUUAUGUGAUCAUGGUGUCUAUUCGAUAUUUGUGUCAACCAGGGCCUGGUUCUGGAGAUAUGUUUUAUCGUUCGCUUGUUUAGAGCAAGUCCAAAAUAAUAGUAAGACAAGAUUCGAGGAUCGUCGAUAAUUUACACUUACCAGCUAUAUGUUGUAAUGAUAUAGAAAGGUGUUUUUGAUAAAUUUUGAUUUACAGAUAUUACACGGAUCGCUGUAAUGUGGCAGCUAUAACGUGUUCGUGUGCUAAAAUAAGAAAGAUGUGCAAUUGCCUUGGUUCUAAAACGUGCGUAGAUGCACCUCGUUUUUGCUGGAAGCCGGUAAUCCUAAAUUAAUGUCUAACAGCACUAUUGAGCGUUUGACCAUAUAUAUCACACAUAAAUUCCAAUUCAAAAAACAAGAAUAACUCAUACAACA